UGUGCUGCAGUAAUUACUCAUUAUGUUUGGCAGCUCUUUCCACUUCAACAACGUGGGUCAAACUACAGCCAACCUAUAGGAUUAUAAGUAUAGCUGCUUAGCUAAUAUCGGUCCAAGAGGGAAGCAGGUCACGUGGAAAGAACAAAGGCAUUUUGGAGAAGGGAUGGGUCCAGAUCCUGUGGUCACCCACCCGAGUGACUGAUGCCCAUCUGGACUUUACUGGACCAAGUGAUACCAUUUACAGUAUAAUUCCAAGUUACUGUUUUUCCCUUAGGGAGGCACCUAAGCCUGGUCUUUUUGCAUCUUUAUCUUGAGGCUUGGCCUUCUUCAGUGGCACCUCCAGCAACAAUUCUGAUGUUUUUAUUCUUUUCUGCUGACUUCCUUGACAGCCCAGUUCCUCUCUGACUGUAUAUUAAUUUCUAUCUAAUUUAGCUGCCUGUCACUCCACAUGGAGAAUAUUUUGCUUUAGAUUAACUUCAGCCAGAUAACCCGCCUUCAAUCUCAGUCAUCAGAGAAACAGAAAAAAAAGCGGCAACCAAAAACCUGUCAUUCUUUCCUCUUCAGCCAUGGGUUGGUAGCAUCUACUGUCAUUCAGGGACCAAGAAGGCGGAGCCCACAUAGCUACCCAAUCGGAAGCAGGAUUAUAAGACCUGUCCACUCAGGCGCACAGCCAGAAAGGCGGGACUUCCACAAUUAGGCGGUCCUUUGUGGUUGAAGCCCGCCAUCUUGGGGUCUGGUGUUCUCUGGCCAGAGGUUCAGAUCGCUGCCUCGUAUCCCCGGUCGCCCGGUGGCCUGCAGGGGUCGAAGAUUCCUGGGAGGGCGCAGAAACCCCGGAAACCGGAAAUGGGGCUGGUGUCAUUUGAGGAUGUGUCUGUGGACUUCACAUGGGAGGAGUGGAAGGAUCUCAGUGAUGCCCAGAGGAACCUCUACAGAGAAGUGAUGCUAGAGACCUACAAUAAUCUGGUGGCCUUGGGACACUGCAGUAGCAAACCUGCUGUGAUCUUCAAGUUGGAGCAAGGAUCUGGGCCAUGCAUGGUAGAAGAAGCCCCAAGCCAGAGCUUCCCAGAUGUCCAGAAAGUAAAUGGUCUUAUUCAGACAAACCAGGAAAAUCAAGAGAAACAUUUUUGGCAAGUUGUAACCACAUCAGCUGAUGAGAAGGUUGAAUUGGGAAAACGAUUUAAUGUGAAUUCAAACCAUAUUUCAGUUCUGAAUAUAAAGAAUGGAAACUAUUCAGGAGUGAAACCUGAGGAACUUAACAUAUGGCAGAAUGUUGAGGUGCGGGCUGGAGAGGAGCCUGUUGAUCUUCAUGUGACUGGGAAAUCCUUCAGACAUCUUGAACACCUUAGUCUGCAUAACAAAUUUCAAGGUAUACAGAAAUAUUUUCAGUAUUGUGGACAAGAGAAUGCCUGCAACAUGAAAGCAGUAUUGACACAUAAAAAGAUUCAUGUGAGAGAGACUUCCAGUAAGUUCAGUGAAUACGGGAAAGACUUUGAUAAGUUAGCAUUUAUUUCCCAAGAGAUGACCCAAGCAAGGGAGAAAUCAAUUGAAUAUAAUGUCUAUCAUAAAGCACUAUAUAAAAAGGCUAAGCUCUUUAGCCAUGAGAAAAAACACAAAGGACAGAAAUAUUAUGAAUGUAGUGAUUUAGGAGAACCUUUCAUUAGGAAAUUAUAUGUUACAAAACAUCAGAGAACACGUGCAGGGGAAGACCCCUAUAGGUGUAAUGAAUGUGAUAAAUUCUUCCGUCAAAAGACAGAACUAAAUAUGCAUCAGAGAAUCCACAGAGAAGCAAAAUUCUGUGAAGAUUAUGAAUGUGGAAAAAACUUCAACCAGAAGCAAAACCUCAGCAGAUGUCUGAAAACUCACACAGAUGAGAAGCCGUAUGAAUGGAAUAUGUGUGAAAAAGCCUUUUACCGGAAGUCACACCUGAAUAGGCAUCAGAGAACUCAUACUGGUGAGAAACUCUAUGAAUGUAAAAAAUGUUGGAAAACUUUCUACCAUAAAUCAUCCCUCAUUAGACAUCAGAGAACUCACACAGAUGAGAAGCCUUAUGACUGUACAAAGUGUGGGAAGGCUUUCUCCUGUGAGUCAGACCUUACAAUACAUCACAGAACUCACACAGAUGAGAAACCAUAUGAAUGUGAAGAAUGUAGGAAAACUUUCUACCGUAAGUCACACCUUACAAUACAUCAGAGAACUCACACAGGUGAGAAACCAUAUGAAUGUGAAGAAUGUAGGAAAACUUUCUACCGGAAGUCAAACCUCAGUGUACACCAGCGAACACACACAGGUGAGAAACCGUAUGAAUGUAAAGAGUGUAACAAAACAUUCAAUCAUAAGGCAGCCCUCACUGUACAUCAGGGAACUCACACAGGAAAGAAACCAUAUGGAUGUGAAGAAUGUAAGAAAACUUUUCUCCAUAAGUCAUCUCUCACUGUGCAUCAGAGAAGUCACACAGGCAACAAACCUUAUGCAUGUGAAGAAUGUAGGAAAGCUUUCUACUGUAGGGCACAUCUCACUGUGCACCAGAAAACUCAUACAGGUGAGAAGCCCUAUGAGUGUCAAGAAUGUGAGAAGUCCUUUCACAGGAAGUCACACCUCAGCAGGCAUCAGUUAACACAUGAAACUGAGAAACGAUUUGAAUGUAAACAAUGUGGGAAAACUUUCUACCAUAAGGCAUCCCUCAUUAUACAUCAGAGAACUCACACAGGGGAGAAACCAUAUGAAUGUGAAGAAUGUAGGAAGACUUUCUACUCUAACUCACACCUCAGGGUACAUCAGAGCAUUCACACAGGUGGCAAAUCAUAUGCAUGUGAAGAAUGCAGGAAAACUUUUAAUCGUAAGUCUAACCUCACUGAACAUACGAGAACUCAUACUGGUGCGAAACCCUAUGAAUGUAAUAUAUGUGGAAAAUCCUUUAACAGGAAGUCAAACCUUAGUACACACCAGAGAAUACACAAAGGUGAGAAACCAUAUGAAUGUAAAGAGUGUAACAAAUUCAAUCAUAAGGCAGCCCUCACUGUACAUCAGAGAACUCACAGAGGAAACAAACCAUAUGGUGGAAUCAGGCUGGGUGGAGGCAUUGGCCUCUUGAAGACAGGAAGAGCAAGUGACAGGAGGCUGAGGACUGACAUCAGGAAGGGGAGAUUGUGGCUAUGUCUUGGGUCAGAUUCAGCCAACUGAGGGGAAGGGGGAUGGGAACGGGAGGCUGGGGGAGGGCCAAGAUGGAGCCUUCUGGGUGGAGGGCUGGUCCAGUGGGUCAGGGUUGGGGUUGUAUGGAGCCAAAGCCUGAUAAGGAGAUAAAAAGAAACAUAGACUUGAAAAGGCUAUAAAGAGAUAAAAGGGGAGACAAGCCACAUAAAGGGAAUGGUAAGAACAAAGGACAGAAGGUCUAAAUAAAAACCUCUUCAACUUU